AUGAAGAGAAGGAAAGUUUCUAAAAAGACAUCAACAAAAACAAAGUGUGAUUUUUUAUCAGCUGUUUUUCAUGGAGAUAAAAAAAAAGUUUUAAAUUAUUUAAAAAAUAAUUGGGACAUAAACAUUCGAACCGGACGAACAUCUUCAUUAUUAUACCUCGCAAUAAAGCAAAAAAAUUUUAGUCUUAUUGAAUUAUUAUUAAACAAUGGUGCGGAAAUAAACGGUGCGCUUCAAACAGUCGGUAUUUUAGAAGGUUACACGGGAUUACAUAUCGCCAGUGGGGAUAAUGACGAAAAACUGGUGCGUUAUUUAAUUUCCCGCGGCGCUGAUGUCAAUUUCUCGGCGCCUGACAGAGGACAGCCUAUUCACGCGGCGGUAUAUUUUCAAAAUAUUAAUAUCGUUAGAAUUCUACUCGAAAAUGGCGCUGAUGUAAAUGCAAAAUACUCUGAAAAACUCUACAAAAAAUACCUAGUGGGUGAAAAAUUAUCCAAUGACUGCUACGAAGAAGUAAACUUAUUAAUUCGCGGGAUAAUAAAAAAGAAUUAUGGUUUAGUAAAACUUUUGAUUGAAAAUGGCGCGGACUUGCGUGAGUGCCAAAAAACAGUUCUGUUGCACGCAAUUGAAAGCAACAGCCAGGAAAUAGUUCAAUUAAUAAUCAAUAAAGUGUCUUCGCUUUGCAAAAAAAAUAUCAAAUUAUCCGAAUUUAUUAACGCUACUUACCCUUCGGGAAAAUAUUCAGGUUAUAUGUGCCUGCACUUAGCUUGCAAGAAUGAGAAUCCAUUUAGUGUCUCGCAUCUGAUCCAAAAUGGCGGAAACGUUAACGCUAUAGCGGAAGAUGGCGUCCAGCCUAUACACUUGGCAAUUUUGUACCCUAAUGUAGAAAUUAUAAAGAUUCUUCUUGAUAAUGGCGCGCAUAUAGACGCGCUUUUUAAGACUCAUUACUACCAAAAUUUUCCUAAACUUUCCGAGUGGGUUCAUAGUAACAACAUAACUUUAAUUACGCACUCAAUUAUCUACAAAAACGUUAAUGUAGUUAAAUUGUUGCUAGAAUACGAUGUAAUUACCAAAACAAGCCAUCGUUUUAUCAAAAAUAUCAUAUUUUAUGCCUCAGCUAGUGAUAAUUUGGAAAUAAUCGAGUUAAUACUUGAAAAUCUGGGUAAAAUAUUCGGAAAAAUGAGUGAGCGUAUCAAAAGCUUUGUUAAUAAUAAAUACUCUCAAGGUUGCUACUCAGGAUACACGCCUUUGCAUAUGGCUUGCAGAAACAAGAACUUAUCUUGUGUAGAAUUUUUUAUACAAAAUGGCGCUGAUGACUUUGCACAAGCUUCAGAUGGCGCUCAAGCUAUUCACGUUGCGGUAAUUAUUCCCAAAAAUGAAGAAAUUAUUAAAUUACUGCUAGAAAACGGCGCUAAUGUAAACGCCAAGUUUCAAUUUAAGAAUCAAAGAAUCAAGAAAUCAAAACCUGGAGCCAUGGUAUAA